GAACUCUCCUCCACACUCCAUUAGUACCAGUCUGUCCUCCCCGUGUCUCUCUCUCUCCCCACACUUACAAACAUCCUCAAGUGCCCCACUUAACACUUUAUAAGCGAGAGAGAGGUUACAGAUGCGUUUUGAGAGAUAAGGAAGCCAGUUCACGCGAGACAGACGCCCGUCUUAUCAGCGCUAUCAGUCAGUGCCACGUGUUAUCCUCGCCAAGCAAGCGGACGGGACAAGGCGCCAUGCCACAGGAGAACAUUACCAAGGUGGAGCUGGAGAGAGGCACAAUGAAAGACGCCGCCAAGGACACCCUAGACACUGAGGACAACACCUUGGUGAGAGUAAGAGGAGGAACAACAUGGUUCUCGUGGGUGACGCUGGCGGCGCUGCUGGGGGCGACGGUGGCGCUCCUGGUGACGGUCCACAGACUCAACACUCAACUGGCCAAGGAGAGACAGCUUCACCAAGACCGCCUCCACCACCUAGAGGCGGAGGCGGAGGCUGCGAGGGUGGAGGCUGAGCGGGCCACCAGCGAGAGGCUCGAGGGACUGACCAAGCAGACUAUGCUGGAGAAGCAGCUCAAAAGAGCACAGGAGGCAGUAAUCCGUUCUGAAGAAAACCUUGCCAAACAAGCCCGCACGUCAAACGAAUAUCAGAUAAGAGGGUCCACGCUGGAGCAAGAGGUGGUCCAAGCCAGAGCCGAGCUGGAAGCUGUCAACGCUGCCACCAAGGAAUUCAGCGGCCAGGUCGAGCAACUGCAGAAAUUAGUUUCGAGCCAGAGGGCCCUGCAAGCGAAGUCUGAGGCUGACUACGAGAAACUUAGCGAGAGGUACGAGUCCCUCAAGGAGAAGACCACAAAGUCGGAGACGAGGAUGAGAGCCAUGGAGGAGGAGGGUGCCAGGAAGGAGGCACUCCUCCAGGAGGCGCAGCAACAACUCCACUCCAAGGAAGACCACAACCUCGAACUCCAGGAGGCGCUGCAGAGGGCUGAGCGGGAGGCUGCGGAGACCCGGGGCUUCCUGAAGAACUCUCAGGAGCGACUUGAUGAUGCUACUGCUCAGAUCUCCCAGCACGAG